AUGGUGAAAUAUGGCGAUAUUGACUUGGAUCAGUACUCUGUGGAGGACCGAUUAGGACUGAUCAAUUCGAUUAUAUCGAUUUUAUCAACCUCUGAAGAAGAUCCGUUUGUUUCAAAAUUAUACUCAAAUAGAAAGACAGUAAGUUCCGAAGUGCAGGCUUAUGCUAAAAUAUCGGGGAAAGAGUGGACAUUUUACGUGAAAUCGUUACAGGUUACUCUGGGAAGAAACACUGACACUUUCAAUUUAAUGAAUAAUGUAUUGAAUGACCAAGCGACUCAGCCAGAUCAUUUGAACCCCAUAGCUACUGGACUGAUCGAUAUUGAUCUUGGGCCCGCAAAAAUUGUCUCCAGAAAACAUGCGACCAUCACUUUUAAUAGAGUCACAGGAUUUUGGCAAUUACUCGUCCCUGGACGUAACGGUGCUAAGAUAAAUUUUAAGAGAGUAAAAGCUGGUAAGAAUGCAGAACCAGUGGAUUUGAAGUCUGGUGAUAUUAUAGAUGUUGGCGGUGUGCAGAUGAUGUUCAUAUUACCAGAUCAGGAGCCAGUAGUGCCCUAUGAAGUCAUAACUACCUUAAUACCCAAAUUAGUUACCAUGUACGGCCUCAGUGGUAAUAACAAUAAAUUAUUAUGUGCUAUAAUAAACAAUUCAGAAUAUGUCAAGAAACAGAAACAAUUAGGAUACAUCACCUUCCAUCUGCAGGAAAAUGGUUCCACUGGACCCAUGAAAAAUGAAGAUGGCAAUAAUAAUGAGGGACCUGAUGAAUCCAUUUUCAAUAAUGCUAUCCAAAGUCCCUCUGGACCACUUACUCAAACCCUUUCAGUAUUUCCUCCUCCGACGGCGACAAUGUCGCAUAAUAAUUCCAAUAUGGCGUCCAAUAUAAUGAGCAACCCAAUAUCGUCAAAUAAGUUUAAAAUCAGCAAUAGUAAGAGUGGGAAACCAAGUGCGUCAUAUGCAACAUUGAUCACGCAAGCUAUACUAUCAUCACCUGAAGGAAUCAUUUCACUAUCAGAUAUAUAUAAAUUCAUUGAAAAUACCCACGAAUAUUAUAAGACGACAAAUAUCGGUUGGCAAAAUUCAGUUAGACAUAAUUUAUCAUUGAAUCCUGCGUUUGAAAAAGUUCCAAGGAAGCCACACGAGUCUGGAAAAGGGAUGAAAUGGAGAAUUAAUGAAUCAUUUAAAACAGAUUUCUUAAAAAGAUGGUCAAGUGGUAAAAUCUCCAAAUUAAAGAAAAAUGCAUCUGUCGAUAGACAAUUAUUCUUACAUAUGUCAAAAUUCAACGAACUUCCAGGUGAAAAACCUUUACAAGAAGAAAACGUACCGAAAAAAGUACAUACUCAGAUAAUGACUUCAGGGCAAGAUGAAAAUGGGAGUGCAUACGGCAUUUGA